AUGUCAAAUACUAACAUUCAGUCUUUCUUAAAAAACAUCAACAACUUGAAGCCAUUGUUCGACAGAGUGUUGGUUCAGAGAAUCAAGCCUGCCACUCAGACAUCCAGCGGUAUCUACAUCCCAGAGAAGAACCAGGAGAAGUUGAAUGAGGGUACUGUUGUCGCUGCAGGUCCAGGUGUCACCGACCCAUCCUCCGGCAAGUUGAUUCCAGUUUCUGUUCAGGCUGGAGACAAGGUUUUGUUGCCAAACUUCGGUGGUUCUCCAGUCAAGGUUGGUGAGGACGAGUACUUGUUGUUCAGCGACAGAGAGAUCUUGGCUAAGAUCGAGAACUAG